AUGGCAGGUCCAGUAACUCUAGAGAACAUUAAAUCACUUUUAGUGGAAAACUCGAAUAGUGUGAAAUCUGAACUAGUGCGAAAAUUGGAUGACAUUUUUCAAAAGCAUUCAAAGAAGAACAAAAAACAAUACGAAGAACUUAGUGAACAGUGCUUGAAACUUGAACGGAGAGUACGUAAAAACAAUAUUUUGAUCUUUGGUUUCACUCCAGAGACUUCAAAUAACAUUUAUAAUGAAACGGUGGAAAAACUAAACUCACUAUUAAGUUUAAACUUGAGUUUAAAAGAAGUGAAUAACAUUUACCGACUUGGAAACAAGGAAAAUUCGCCCAUCGUAGUUGAGUUUUUAUCAUUCAUUAGAAAACUAGAUAUAUUUAAGGAUAAAGAAAAAUUAAAAAACCUGAAAAAUUUAAAAAUAUCAAUAGCCAACGAUCUUUGCCCCUCUGAUAGAGAAGAACAAAAGAUAUUACUGAAACAUCUCAGGAAAAAUAGAGACAAUAAUAUCGAAUGCACAAUCAAAGGUUUCAAGCUUCAAAUAGGAAAUAAUAGCUAUUCUGCGAAAGACCUGGUGGAAGCUAACACUAACACUAACAGUGACACAGAGUAUGACACGGAGGAAGAUUCGCCUGAUACAGAAGAAGAACGAAAAAAUAACAAAGAAAAAACUCCAACACUAACAGAAAACCAAAAAAAGGAAAAAAAGAAAAUACGUACACCCCCCAGUCCAGCUCACACUAGAAACCACGGGAAGAAACCAAGAAGACAUCGAUAACAAUUUUAUGUUUUAUUAAACAAAAACAAAUUAUAGAUUACUCGGAUCACACCCAACAUUAUUUUAAGUUGAAAAUAUGUGGAUAAUUUAUUGUAUAACAUAACAGUCUGAUUUAAAAAUAUAUACAUACAAAACCUAUAUACCUA